AUGCGGCUCGACUCGCCCGGACUCACGGGACCACCCACGACGACGAGAGGAAAGAGGAAGAGGAAGAAGAAGAAGACGGAGGAGGACGACGAGGAGUCCCGCGUCGUCUAUCGUUGUUGUUCUCUCUUUCGUCGAAUCGCAACCCCUAAACAAGAACGACGUGGUAACGUCGUUAUCGCCGAGCGGCAACGUCAACGACAUCAUCGGCAUCAGCAUCAUCGCCGACAACAACAACAGCAGCAACAGCAACAGCAGCAGCAGCAACAACAACAACAACAACAGCAGCAGCAACAACAACAACAACAACAACAACAACAACAACAACAACAACAACAACAUCAACGACGGCGACGUCGUCGGCGUCGAAGACAGCAGCUGCACGGAGAACACGAGGACGGGCCAGCAGCUAGAAACGCCACUGCCUUUCGCGCCUCUCGCCACCCUCCUUUCCGCAGUGUGGUGCGCGCGCGUUAUCACGCGGUCACACCGACCUUGGAAGCCGAGCAGGGAGAACGCCGAGCGGAUCGGCUCUCAGCGACGCGACCACAACGACGACGGUGGGCUGUUGCUCCUACCUCCCAGUCGAGAAAGAAAAGAGGACUCGCUGGACGCCGUAGAAGAUCAUCUCUUUUCAACGAUCGAAUCUUUCUGCGUGGUUACACCGUCGAACGAUUCUCGGUACGCUCUUAUCCCGCGUCAAAUGGAUUCGCGAACAGUGCGAUUUUUCUCACGGGUACUUCUUCUUCUCUCGAUGUGCUUGCUAACACUGCCUUUAAUGACGAUGACGAUGACGAGGACGAAACAGAGAACAUAUCGUCGUGCCGACGGCCGGCGAUGGACGUAUUCGUCGAACCCUCGUCGACGAUCGAGAUCGAUGCUACGCGAUGUCACUCGUGGACUAUCGAAAAUAGUGGAAACGGAAUCGGAACUGACGACGCAACCGUCGUCGAUCGCGAUGCAUCGGCUCAUUUAUCGAACGCUAAUAAGAAUAGAGAGUCUUCCAGCUAUCGUCUUCAACAAGAAGAGGAUCGAAGCGAUAGCUUCGAAGAACGAGAAAGAGUCGUCGUCGACGACUUUGACUUUGAGCGUGAAAGAAAGAGAAGAAAAGGAAGAGAAACUCAAGGAAACAACGAGUAUCCUGAUGGGUUUCCACAGUCGACUCUUAGUCGGAGAGAAGGAAACUGGUCGAACGAAUCUAACGCGAAUCUUAGGAUCGUUCUCGAGGAGAGUAAUUCGAGAAUCGCACAUCGCCGAUGUCAGGAGCAACAACGUCAACAACAACAGCAACAGCAUCACCAACAGCACCGCCAUCCCUAUCACCACCAUCACCACCAACAGCAGCAGCAACAGCUGCCUCGUCGCGGCAGGAAUUACGGACUGCUCCUUCUCCUGUACCUCCUGACGUGGCCGUUGUUGUGCUCGAGCAACAGUUCGAGCCAACAUCCAUCCUCGGCUGGCUUUGGACAAAAGGCGGCUGCCCUCAGCAGCGGUGCGAAUCUCAUACGAGAACGAAACGACAGCGAUAGAAAUAAUAGGAACAACCACAACAACAGCAACAACAACAAAACGGCGCCGAGAGGCUCACCGUUGUCCUCAUCGUCCAACGACGCGGCGCAACAAUAUAUUCGAAGCGACGAGGACGAUCAACGUCGCUAUCGCCAGGAGGCAGACUCGAAAGCUCAACAAAUGGAAAUGGAAGAGUUUUAUCAGGAUCAGCAGGCUAUCCCUGAGAUCACUGAUGCGCAUCCUUACAACGAAUACGCUUGGGAGGUGAACCAGAUAAAUCCUUGGCUGUCGGCCUGCGAUCUGGCGGGUCCAGCGCCGGCCGAUCUUCAGGGUAGCUGUGGUCCACCGGAAGUUCCAAAGAUCUGUCCAGGUGCAUGCGCAUCAGAAUCGCAAGGAAACAAGCCCGAAGCUGGUUUCGUCCAAGUUAUCAAGAAGCUACAAACUAUGGAAUAUAAGAUGAGAGCAAGGAAGAAAGGGAUAAGUGAUAACGAUCUUCAUGGCGAAGCGAAGGAGCUAGCGAAGGAAAGAAAAAGGAACUACGAGGACAACGACGAUGAGGAGCGCGAUCGAGCCAAGCCCGAUGAUGGCGAGCGGGCGGUUCCGGAACAGUGCCUUUUUUAUCUCGAGGAGUCGCACAAGAGAGACAUCUGUCGGGACGAUUUCGGCCGGGCCAGUACGGAAAGUUUUUUAACCCCAAGGGAGAAUCGAUAUUGGUUCAUGAGUGGGUUGCGUCUGCGGCAUUGCUGCGAACACGCGGUGGUCAACGCCCUGGCGCCUGGUAAGGGAGGCCCGCUCGAGGACGUGCUAAAUGGCGGCCGGAAAUGCGCCGAUGCUUUGGAGAAGCUGUUGCUCGUCGACAGGCUCGCCGCCAGAUUACACUGCGAGUUUGAGGAAGUCCUGGCGCGCUAUGACUGUGCCCAGCCGUACUCGGUCAUCCACAAUUGCAACCACUGCAAGGAAGCGUAUAGAAAGUGGGUGUGCAGCUCCCUGGUGCCUUACUUUGCUCACGGGGGACCGCAGGACUUGGAGUCCUCGGAGGGAACUUGGACUAGGAUAAGACCGUGUCUAUCCCUCUGCCAGUCCGUGGAACAACGUUGUCCUUAUUUGCUUCCGGGUGACCGUGCCCCCGCGUACCCUACACAAUAUGCCGGCGAACCUACCUUUCUUUGCAGAGACCCGAACAUACUUGAGACGGGGGAACAAGCUACGAGGGCGUUGCACAGUAGCGACGAACGAGAAUGCUGUUUCCACGUGUGCUCGGAACAGGAGCUAGACUUGGGAAUCUGUGCGAAUUGUACCGAUCGCGAGCUACGUAAACGAGGUAGAGAGUUCGAUCCUCCGACGGCACCCCACUGCGAGAUUACACCUAUUCAAUCGGAGUCUGCAGAUGAGGAGGAAGCAGCAGGAUGGCCAGUGUUCAUGGAUGACAAGGACAUCGAGUUCGGUUCAACGUCGACGUUCUUUCCAAUGAUUUUGCACGAUCAACAACAGCAGCAGCGACAACAACAACAAUAUCAGGGUACAUCUUUAUGCGGGAGUGGUGGAGUCGGCUCGAUGACGUCGAGUUCGUCGAAUCGUGCAACGGCUUCUCACAUAGUGCAUUUUCUUUGCUUGUUAUCAAGCAUGAUCCAAUUCUUCCGGUGGUCGUGCCUGUUGUUGGGGAGUUUCUCGAGGAUGAUCGUCGUGCUCGUGCGAAACGUCCUACAUUCGGGAGGUGGGUUUGCGUUCUUCGUCGUUGGAAGUGAAAGAGUUAAAGAAGAAGAAGAAGAAGGAAGAGGAGGAAAAGGAGAAGAAAGUGGAGGAAGAAGAGGAGGAAGAGAAGGAAGAGAAAUGCGAUCGAUCGAGGAGAUUCGGCCUCGUUCUCGUUCAGACUGCUUCUGCUUUCGAUGGUGGUGUCCAUCGUUGUCAUCGAUGAAUAGAAAGUUGACCAUCUCUCUAAAUAAGAAGGAUAAUAAGAAUGAAGAAGAACAAGAAAAGGAAGACGAAGACGAUGACGAUGAUGAUAAUGAUGAUGAUGAUGAUAAUAUUGAUGAUAAUGAUAAUGAUGAUAAUGAUGAUGAUGAUGAUGAUGAUGAUGAUGAUGAUGAUGAUGAUGAUGAUGAUGAUGAUGAUGAUGAUUAUUAUGAUGAUGAUGAUAAUGAUAAUGAUAAUGAUGAUGAUGAUUACGACGACGCAAAAGAGGAGGAGGAGGAGAGAAAGAAAAAGGAGAAGAACUGGCGUAAAGUUUGGUGGAGACAAUGGUGUUGUUGGUGGAGUUUUUGGUGUAGAAAAUACAGAAAUAACGAAAGAAGUGAGUACCGUCGAAGAAUCGAACUCCUCCCAAUCGUCGUCAACGUCGUCAUUGUCAACGCAGUCGUCGUCCACGUUAUCCUUGAGGUUCGUAGUAACAAAAGGACGACGAAGGAGCGCGAAUCGCGUCGUCGGCCUCGCCAUCGACGGCGCCGUUACAAGCUCGAACCACGUCGUGGCCGUUGUCGUUGGAGAUGGAAAGAAGAGGACUCUGACUCGAGUUUUGUUCAGAGGAAAGAGCCUGAGGGGAGCAUAUUUUCUUUCUUACCAUUUCCUCUUUCUCCUCCUUCUCGUCUUCGUCCAACGAACGAGAGGAUCCUCGAAGGACGAGAUAUCGUUCAUGAUCCCACCACGAUUUAUCCAUUUCUCCAUUCACCAAUCCCAUUUCUCCCUCCGUGUGUUCGCAAAAGGCCAAAGGACGAGGCAGGACCUUGUAGUCGUUAGCGAGCGAUAGGACGAAGACGAGUUAGGACUUUAUCAACGCGACUAUGAUGUUACGCGCUAAGAAGAAGCGAGGAGAGGAUCGUUAUUGUCUAUUAGGCAACUAACGUAACGUCUAACGCUAAUAAUAAUGAUAACAAUAAUACAAUAAUAAUAAAUAAAAACAAAAUAAAAUAAUAAUGAAAUUAAUAUUAGUUAACAAAUAAUAAUAAAAUAAUGAUGAUAAAAUGAUGAUUGAUAAUGAUUACGAUGAUAAUGAUGAUAAUGAUAAUGAUAAUGAUAAUGAUGAUGAUGAUGAUAAUGAUGAUGAUAAAGACGAUAAUGAAGAUGAUGAUAAUGAUUAUGAUGUUUAUGAUUGAUGAUCGACGAUCGAUCGAUAAUCAUCAAUAAUGAUAGUUUGACAAUGAAUUUGAGUGUGACGUCGAAGAGGUUGAUAAUGAACGGUGAUAGUGAUGACGAUAUAUAUAUAAAAAUGGCGACGAUGAUGAUGGCGAUGGUGAAAAAAAAAGAAAAGGAAAGAGAAACGAUGAUCGAUGAAAAUAAUGAAAUAAUAAUAAUAGUGAUUAAUAUGAUGAAGUAACGAUUUAAAUAAAUAAAAAAAGGAGGAUGAAUAAGUAACGUUAACGUAAUGAUAGAUUGAUAACGAUACGAUUACUAUUUAUUGUACACCAUUUCGCAUACACAGAAGCACUCACGGAGUGACGAACGCCAAGAGAUGAGAUCUGUUGUAAGAAGAUUGAAGAAUAAGAAAAUAAAGACGAAGAAGAAAAAGCAGAAUGGAAAUGAAAAUAAAAUGGGUAAAGAACACAAAAAGGAGAAUAAAAAAAAGAAAAAAGAAAAAUAUAAAAAGGGAUGAAGGAGUGUGUGAGAGAGAGAGAAAGAGAGAACGAAAGAGAAAGAAAGAACGAAAAGGGUCACGGCACGGUGAUGGACACACAAACACACGUAUAAAGGAAUUAAAGGUUAAACGAGACAACAUUUUGAGAAAAAAAAUAAACAGUGUAGGUAGAUAGUUUUCUCGAUGGAGAAGAGAUGGGAUAAGACGAAGAGGCGCUAGGGGCAAGAAACCAGAAAUUAAUAAGCACGACGUUAUCGAGAUAUAAUAUGUGUUCGUUUAGACAUUACCAUAACAUAAUAAUUAUUAUAUUUAAUAUAGAUACUUAACUAUACGAGAUGAGGAAGAGAUGAAGAGAGAAUGCGUGCGUGUGAAUGCCGAGUGUGAGAGAGAGAGAGAGAGAGAGAGAAGAAGAAGAGAGAGUGAAAUUGUGUGAGAAAGAAAGAGAGAGAGAGAGAGAGAGAGAGACAGACAGAAGUAAAAAGAAUAAAGAAUAUGAGAAUACGAGAGCCUAUGCGAUAUGUAAAAAGAAAUAACGGAUCGUAAAGAGAUUAUAUGUCUCGACAAGACAAAAAUUGGGGUUUGAUACGACGGAAGGAACGAAUUAGUGUUUGUGUUUGUGCGUGCAUAAGAAAGGAAAGGAGAAAGAAUGAGAGUGAAUUAGAGAGUGAAUGAAAGAUAGAUACAGAAAGAGAGAGAGAAAGAGAGAAAAUCUAAUAGAAAAUCUACGGCCGUUUUUCCGUUUAAAUAAAAAUCCGGACAAAAAAACAAAAAAAAAAAAAGGAAGAGAAAAACGUAAGCGUGUUUCCUUUCUACGUUCUUCCUUCUCCGCGAUGUUUCUUACCUCUCGAAAUAGGACUUCUGUUGUUUUUUGAUCACUUUAUACCGAAGAUACAUAAAUAAGAAUUUAAGAGAAAAAAAAAAAAAGAAAAAAAAAGAAGAGAGUAGAAAAUCCGUGACGUAAGCUCGCGAGGAGCAAGAGGAAAAAGCGAAGGGAAGCGCGAAGAACUCUCUCUUUUUCUUUUUUAUUUUUUUAAUUUUUUUAAUUUAUGAAUAUUUUCUUCUCUCGCAUAGAUAGAAGAAUUCACUUAAAUCUUUCCAUGAUGGUUAGUUCGAGUCAACUCAAACUUACUUACUUUUGUUAAAAAUACAUAGGAGAAAGAAAAACAAAAUAAAAGAAGAAUAUUAUCUGCCCCAUUGGCAAGCCAGAGCGGACGCUCGCGUACACUACAAUUAAUUUAAUGAGUGAAAAAUGAAAAGUAUUGAUAUGUGUGUGAAAGGAAGAGUGUAGAUGAGAAGAUAAAUAGAAAGAGAGAGAGAGAAAGAGAAAAAAAAAGAAAAAUUGAAACAACGGUGCGAAAAUUAAACAUUAUCAAAGAUCACACGUGAUAGGCACAAAUUUGUCCAUCGCCUAAACGAAUUCACGAAGCAUUUUUCUUUCUUUAUUUUUUUUUUUUUCCUUUUUUUUUACGCAAUCGAGAAGAAAAAGAGAAGUGAAAGGAAAGCGGAGAACUUUUCAAUCCUGCCAUAAAAUCUCUUGUGUUUAAAUAAUGGCAUUCGGUCGGUCAUCAAUGAUGCUGCGAAAAAAAACAUAAGGGCCAGGUAGGACCAUUUGACGAAUCAGACAUUCCAUUCUCUCUUUUUCACUUUCUUUUCUUUCUUUCUUCUUACUUUUUUUUUUGUUCUCAGAACUUUCUUCAACUUUUUUCUUCUUUUCUCUUGAAAUUAUUGUUCGCGAACUUCUCUUUUCUUUCUUCCUCCCUCUCUCUCUCUCUCGCUCUCUCUCUCUUCCUCUCUCACUCUCUCUCCUUCCCUCUCUCUCUUAUAUUCUCGCGGGAUAAACGCUGCUGCUGACUCGUUCUCAAUUUCGAUGGCCUCGCGUAGAAUGGAAUCGUCCGAUGUAGUCAGGGACGUUCGAUUUCAGUAGUAACGCGUGAAAUAGGCUGGGAGUAAAGGAAGAAAAAGGAAAAAGAAAAAAGAAAGAAAAUGAGAACAACCUAUUUAAAAGUCGGUCACGCAAUGUAGGUCGACUAUAAUGUUAUUUAUUAGCUGUUUGGAGAGUGGACGAUUGAUCGCGUACAUAUAUCGAUGGAGAGAAAAGAAAAGAGAAGAGAAGAGAAGAAAAGAAAAGAAAUGAAAAAUAGGAAAACAAGUAAGAGAUUGUAAGUUUUAGCCAUAAACCCGCGUAUUCACAAUAUUUUAAUCUAAUAAUUCUUGAAUAUUAAAAGCAAGAAAUGAAUAAAGUGCUAUUUUUUUUUUCUUCGUAUUAAAAGGUUAAGAAGAGGAGAAAGGAAAAAUUACGAACAUAUGAAAUGUCAUAUUGGAAAAUAUGAAAUAAUGGGAAAAUAAUGAACGAGUAAUCGACGCCACUUAACAGAACAAAAUGUUCCAUGUUUUUUUCGAUAAUAACACGAACGAUAUAUAAUCGACGGAUUCUUCUUCCUUCGAAAUUAUUUUUUCCUUCAUAUCCAAGGACUUUUUGGUUUGAUGAUGUUCGAUGCUUAAAAAAAAAGAAAACGAAAGAGAAAAAAACACGAUUUUUAUCGCGAAUCGAAAAGAUCAUCGGCUAAGCUACGCCAUAUUUUACCGGAUCAGACGAUCGUAACCAAAGAUUGAUUCUCUCCCCCUCCUCCCACUAUAAAAUCUCAAGCAAAACUUUCUCAAUACAACACCACCCCCAAUCCUAUCUUAUCCCUACUACCACCUCGCCAUUCAGUCGAGAACACAAAAUCUGCGUCUACAAUUGGCGCACGGUGCUCGUAAAUGGAAAUUAAAGAAUCCGAUGGUACGUAUCUGCUUUACUCUCUAUCUUCCAAUCAUCGUCGAGUCUGAAUAAAUAUAUAUAUAUAUAUAUAUAUCGACACCUAGGAGUUUCUCAUGAAAAAUGACCAUGUUCAGUACAAUAACACAUAUAUUUUAAAUCUAAUUCUAUGUACUAAUGUGGUAAUACCCGUCGAUGUUACUCUUCACAUUUACCAACAAUACUUAUCCGAUAGGAUAUGCAAAAGCUAACUAAUCUCGAUCGUCGACAUUUGUCGUUGGUGAGGUAAAGCCGAUUAGACUCGUUGACGAUAUAUGCAUUAAGAUAGAUGCGAUGCUUUGAGUUUCCUCUUUUCGAUCAUCAAUCGUUUCAAUCCGGUACAUUUCCAAAAACUUUAAGUAAUUUAUUUUCCAUUUGCCAAAAUCCAUUGCGAACUCUUUUACUCUCGAUAAUAUUUACUAAAUUAGUUUUAAAUCCGAAUUUUAUUCCUUUGAUCGAAUCUCUUUCGAUUUCUUUUUCAUUUUUUAUUUUCUUUUUACAUGAUCGUUCCACUCGAAUUUCGCAUAAAAGAUUAUCGAUAAUUAAAAACUACCAAAUGGAUUCUAUAUCCGUAUAACAAUUAACCAUAUAAAAGCAACUAGAUUAGUUUUCUCGCCAAGCGAGUUAUAUAUCUCAUAUAAUUUUUUUCGAAACGUAGAAGCAAGUGCAAUCCGCUUUUCGCAUCCGACGACACUCGACCCAGCCUUUUGUUCCUAUAUAUCUUCCUCUCGAGGGUUAAACGCUUCUGAUAUCUUCUCGAGGCCGAUCCAUCCCACUACCCUUCUCCUUUUCCCUUUUGAUCCACCCCUUCUUUACCAUUCCCUCUCAUAUACAGAAGAAGUAGAUACCCUCCUCGUUCAUCCCUCUUUACUUUCUGGUCCUCUCGAACUUCCCUCCUUUUUUCCACGAGUUCACCAUUUUUUUUCUCCCUUCGACAACAUACAUGUACUGCUAUCAACAUUUUACACUAACAGAGAACAAAGAAAAAGAGAGAAAGAGAGAGAGAGAGAAUUUUCAUUUGAAUUAAAGAAUUUCUUCGAAUUCGUCACGUGCUUUAGAACGAUUCGAAAGGGUGUUAAAAUAAUAACGGUAAUAAAUCUUUUUCGAAGGUUACAUAGAAAUAGAGAGAAAGAGAGAGAGAGAGAGAGAGAGAGAGAGAGAGAGAGAGGUAGAUAGAUAAAGAGAAAAGGGAGUAACCGUAGGUCCUUCUGUCGGUCGAUUAGGGUCGCUUGGAGAACGGCCUAAAGAUGGAGCUUAGGAGAGAGAGAGAGUGAAAGGAGAGAGUAAGAGAGAAAGAGCAGUGCGGGUGCAGCUAGGAGGGAGAGAACAUACCGGAGAAGGGAAAGGACUGAAGAGCUGGUUGGGUUUUGGUGGAGGCAGCUAGAGGGUGGUGCGGGCGGUUAGGGGUGGUAGAGUGGAUGAGAGAGAGAGAGAGAGAAAGUGAGCGGAGGAGAAGAGGGGAACUGGAGUACGUAUUGAUCUCACAAGUCUCUCAACACAUAGCGUCCGCAUAAAACAGGCCACCGUCAUCGUCCUCCUCAUCGUCGUUAGGUUCCUCAUCGUCAUCGUCAUCGUCCUUCUCCUUCUCUUACCUUUCGAUUUUCCUAUUUUUCUCACCUCUCUGUUGUUGUUGGACGGAAGAAGGACAGAGAGAGAUAGAGAGAAAGAAAAUGAUAAAAGUAAUCCGUUUAGGAGAACGUUUUACCCUCCUCAUAAUACUCGGCUACACAACCCCUCUCUUUCGUUGGAUCGAGCAAAGUGCAACCACGUUCCACUCGACGUUUGUUACAUACAAUGAGAAAAAUCUCAUGUCCUCUCUUCUUUUCCCUCUCCCAACAACCGUACUCAGCUAGCAAGUGAGAACGACCCUCCUCGCGUUACCAAAGAGAACGCUCGAAUUUCAUUCCCCUUUCUCUUUCUACCUUUUCCACUUACACUUUUUACAAUUUUCCGUUCAUUAUCCUUUUGCUUUGUGAUGUAUCCGUCGAAACUUCUUUUCACAAGCAUAAUCUAUUAUAUAUAUAUAUAUAUAUAUAUAUAUAUAUAUAUAUAUAAACCUAACUAUCCGGGUAUAUAAUAACCAGUAAGUAUAUAUAAUAACACGUAACUAUCUAGUUAUAAAGUUCUUAUCCUGUUGAACUUUGAUUAGCUUUUGAAAUAAAUCGAUUUCAAAAUUAUAUAAAAUUGAUUUGUUUAUAUAAUAUAUAACAACGAAAGAAUGAAAAGAAAUAGUGAAAAGAGAAAGAGAGAGAAAGAGAAAAAGAAAGAGAGAAAGAAAACGUUGAGAAGUUCGUUUCGUCGCGUUAAAAGCACCGAAAUUUGUCUUCCUUUUCUUUAACCAACAACACGCGCAAUUCUGACAGCACGAGCUUGGGAAAAAUGGCCGACGUAAAAUUCAAUUUCGCGCUUCACGGAUUUCACAAUUUCCAAAUAUAGAGAAACAGAGAAAGAGAAAAAGAGGAACGACGCGCAAAGGACGUGCUUAGCUUUUCUUCUUCUUCUCCGACGAUCGCGAGACGCAUCAUCAACGUCAAAAUCCGUCCACGAUCGAUGAUGGUCGCGUGCGAUUGUUGAUUAGCCAUUUAACAAAAAAAUAAAUAAAUAAAAAUAAUAAUAAAAAUAAUAAAAAAUAAAAGAAAAGGCAAACAAGCCUUCAUCGAACGAACGCAAACUUAAAAGUCCGAAAGCAGCUCAGGUACGCCAUUUACAUUUUUACUUCUCUUUUUUAUGACUAAAAAACACAUUCGACGUGAAAAAAAAUUUGCUAUUCGAUGUUUCUUGUUUAACAUUUAAAACUGACCGUAUAAGGAGUCAACCUUCUCGGACGAUUUCACUCCAAGUACUAACUACAUAAUAAGAGUAGAAAAAUGUUUACACACAGAAAGAAAGAGAGGGGGAAAGAAAGAGAAGGGAAGAGGAAAAGAGAGAAAAGAAAGGGAACACUAUCCGAAUUUCUAAUCAUAUUUCGCGAUAUGAAAGUCCAACUGGAGAAAUAACAAGUUGUUGUUAUUGUUGUUGUUGUUGUUGUUGCUUUUUUGUUUUAUUUUUUCUAAUAUUCUUUUUUUCUAAAGCUUUCCCAAAGAGAUUCUUGCAUCGCAUGCUUAGUGAAAAUGCCCGAGCUGGUCGACCAAGGAUUUUUAUUGACGACAAAGUCGAAGCGAACGAAAAAGAGAGAGAGAGAGAGAGAGAGAGAGAGAGAGAGAGAGAGAGAGACAUGAACCAAUCGAUAGAUGGAUAGAUAGUCAAGUAGUGAAAGAGAGAAAAAGAGAGCGCGCGUUAGGAAGAAAGAGAGAGGGAGAGGAGAGAGAGAGAGAGAGAAAGGGAAUGAAAACGUGUGCGUGUACGUGCUUGCGAUUGGACGAGCGUGUGCGAGAGUGAGGAAAAAGAGCCACUGCCUUAGCGACAGAAGGAUCCGUUAUAAUAAAAAAAAAGGCCUUAGGAUGUAACAAACCAGAAACAUAAUUAGUCUUAAGUAAGUCUGUUGUUGUUAACGAAGAUAAACGAGAACAAAGAAAAAAAGAAAAAAAAUAAUGAGAGAGAGAGACAGAGAAGAAGAAAAAAAAGCAAACAAACAAACAAACGAACGAACGAACGAACGAACGAACGAACGAACAAACGAACGAACAAACAAACACACACACAGAAGACGAAGUGAAAUGAUAUUUAGCGGAAACCAAGGAGAUCAAUGAUGUUGACAUAUUGUAAAAUUAAUGAAUGAAAUUAAUUAGCCGUUGUAUUUUAAGCGCGUAAAACGUAAAAUAUACUUAUAACUCCCUCGUGCCCGUAAUUAAGUAGGGAUAGUAAUGUACGUAGGAUUAUUGCAUGCUUGUCGCGAUCGUGAAAAAUCGGAAUGGAAGGCGAAGAUAAAAAAUGAAUAAAUAAAUAAUUAAAUAUAGGGACGGAGAGAAGAUUUGAGAGAGGUAAAAAAGAAAAAAUAGAAAAGGGAGACGGAUAAUAUAGUAGGCGUAAGAACGACGAAAGACGACACGUCGUGCGUGAAUCUUUUUUGAUUUUUCACAUAAUAGAGAUUAUUAGAAGAAGAGAAACGAAUAUGAGAGUUCGACGAUCAAACGAGAUCUCCAAAAUGAUAAUAAAAUCGUUAAAUAAUUAAUUAAGUAUCGGUAGGAAGAGAAAAAAAAAUAAAGGUAGAAAUAUUUCGUCGUACGUCUUACGCUACGAACGCGUAAAGGAAAUAACAAAAACAAAAACAAAAAAAAAGAAAAAGAAAGAAAAAAAACAUUUGUACUAAUGAAAACUAAUAAACAUUUAUACACGACGUACGUGUCGUGCGUGCCGUAGUUAAUGGUGUAGCAGCUAAUCGUGUUAAAACAAUAGUAGAUAACAAAAGAAAUGCUGAAAAGUAGUAUUGUUCCGCGUUUAAAGAAAAUAUCCAUCUAGGGAUCUCGUUCGAUCGUUAGCGUACGAUCGCAACACGUGACAAAUCGAGUUACGUGAAAGUAACAGGUCGGCCUAUCGUAGUCGGCCAUCUUUCAAGUAUCAACUUAGUUAAAAUUUUCGCGGGAAGAAGAAAGCGAAGUAGGGUGAUGGAUACAGCUCGAACUAGUCGAAUGAAUCUUGUAAAUCCGACUUAAAUUAAUGUAUAUACAGUCAAAAUAGUCAGUAUGUACAAAUAAGUCGAAAUUAAGCAACUUAUUCGAGAUAUCAUUGAAUUAUUCCACAACUUAAUUCCUCUUCUUCUCGUGAGUGCUCGCGACAAGGACACAUGAAACAUACGCACAAAACCAAGCGCACGAGCCCAUAUAUACCGCACAUACGCACAUACAAACGUCCUCGUUUCUGUCAGAAACAUCGAUACAUACGUUUAAAAUCGAUCGCAAAAUUUUCAUAAAUCUUUAAAUAUUAUAUGCCUCGUAGUCCGCCUUGUAAUCGAUCAGACAGUCUUAGGAUUCUACUCUUCUUCCGCGGUGUCGCGAGAACACCUAUGAAAUGUUUUUAAUAACGAGCAUCGUUCCACACGAAUCGUAUAUAAUACUUUUUAUCCUACUUGUAUAUAGUCAUGUAUAUACGCAUAUAAUAUACAUACGUACGACGGAAGAAGAGAAAGAUUCUUUUUUCUUUCUUAUUUUUGAAAGUGAGAAAUUAAAAAAAUAUGUGUGUGUGUGUGUGUGUGUAUAUAUAUAUAAAUACACACGCACAACACAUAUGUAUUAUAUCGUUUUCCGACACCGAUCAUUCUUUGAUCCUUUAUCGUUGUUACGCGAAGGAUUCGAAUGAUCGUUGGCAGAAGAAUUAAAAAAGAUAGAAAAAAAUAAAAAACGAUACACCGACGAAACUUCGUUGUUCGUGGUGCAUACCUCGACUAAUUGAAAGGGCAUAUAUAUAUAUAUAUAUAUAUAUAUAUAUACAUAUAUAUAUAUAUAAAGAAAAUAAAAAAUAAAAAAAAGAAUAAAAAAAAAAUAAAAGCGUAAUAAAAGCAAACGACGACACGAGUCGGGGCUCGCUCGUCCGAUCGAUCGCAUUUACAUAGACAUAUAGAUUAUACACGCUCACGCAUGCUAUAGCAGCAGCGGUGACUUAGUCACGUCGCAAUUAAUCGGAUUUAUCGAUUCGAUCGAACCGAGUCUAGGAGAGGCUCAACCUUCCUUUUCCUUUCCCGUUUCCCCCUUUACCUUUACAAUGUCGAUCGGCUUUCUCUCGCACGCGUGCACGUGCACGUGUACACGUGACUAUACUCCCUACUAAUCACCUGGGGGAAAGUUUCGUUUUCACCUUUUCCUCUUUACAUUCUCUCUUUUUUUUUCUCUUUCUCUCUGUAUCUAUCUCGAUGAAAAAAAAAAAAAAAUGAAAAUUUUCAAAUAUUCACAUAAAAACUUCGCGAAUAUUUUCUCUUUUCCUUUUUUUAAUUUCAUACAAUUGUAGCAUUUAUUUAACAGAAUUUUUAUCACAGGUCAUUGACACGUUAAAUAUCUCAUAGUUUAUUAAAGAUUAUCCUUUUUCAUUUUUAAUACCCUUGUUCUUAAAUGGACACAUGCCAAUUAUGUUUAUUGAACAAAUGUGUGAGAAAGAACAGUGUUACAAGGAUAAAAUAUUUCAAGACUUUUCGUUUUUUUAUCCUCCAAUCGUUUACUAAAUGUCCAGUUUAUUUUUACUCCUCUUAUUGCUACUACUUUCGGUAUCACACAUAUACGAGUAGAUACGUAGUUACAUAGGUUCGGGAAAAUUUGGGUUUCACGGAAACGUCCUCGUUUUCCAAAGUAAUCAAGAUUAUGUAAGAGACGGGAAAGCUCGACGAAAGGCAAGAGAUUUGCACGAAUCUCGGACGGAAUUCAGGGAGAAAUUAAGCUCUCCAACCUGCCUUUCAUAGGCGACCUCGUGAGCAUCAACAUUCUAAAUAUUCAACGUCGUCGCUCGCCUUACUCUUGGAAAUCUUUUUCUUUUUGGUUUUUUGUUUUUUCUUUUUCUUUUUUUUCUUCUAUCUCUCAAAAACUCGUUUCACCGACUUCUCUUUACGUCAAUGCAUUUUUCCAAUUAUAUUCACUUUGCACUCACCCUUCUCGCUUUCACUUUGAUCUUGACAAAGGAUCUCUCAUGUUGAGUGAUACCACACGUAACAAGCUAGUAUCACUUUUAAAAAUUCUGUAUUCAAGAAAGAAAAAGAUAAAGAGAGAAAGAUGAAGAGAAAGAGAGAGAGAAAGAAAGAGAGACGUACUAUUGAAUAAUUUCUUCAUGAAUAUUUGGAUAAAUAAAUAUUAAAUCCAUUAGGAACAUAAGAAAGAGAAAAUAGAAUUUUGAUUAGAAAACUUAUCUCAUACAUACAUACAUACAUAAUUUACAUACGUGCACGCGCAUACGCGAGACAAAGUUAGUUUAUUUACUAGAUCGUUGAGAAAAACAAAUAUGUUAAUAUUUCAUUUCUCUGGUAUACAUACAUACAUACAUACGUACGUACGUACAUACAUACAUACAUAUAUACAUGCAUAUACAGAAAAGGGAGAAAAAAUUCUCCGUCCUCGAGCAAAGCCAAUGAUUGGUUGGGAUUAUCAAAAAAGAGUCACGAAGAUGUCAUUAAGUCGUCGUCAUCAUCGUCGCCUUCUUCGUCGUCGUCGUCGCCAUUUUGGUUUUUUCGUUCGUAAAAACGACGAGAGAAAGUGAGAUCGUUUUCUCGUCGGUAAUAACAACUCGCUCCGACCUCCUCUCCGUCCGGAUUUCGCAUCGCGUUCGCGACAAAUUAUCGUCGUUUAAAACGGUUUAAAAAAGGUAGAGAUUCCUUAGAAUCUUGGCCUUAACCGAACGUAGAGAACACCAGUGUCUAAGAGUAAGUAUAGUUAGAGGUAUAAAAAAAAAGAAAGAGAGGAAGGAAGGACGGAAGGAAGGUCAUCAAGGAGAGAUUCUUACUCGUCUUCCUUUUCCACCUUCUUCUUCUUUCUCUUCUUCUUCUUAUUCUUCUUCUUCUCCUUCAGUCGACACAGAUUUCCUUGGCGAUCUUCUAUCCACAAAUCGAAUGUGGAAAAAGAUCGGCAUUUUACGCUCUCGCGAUACGGGCCGUUGGAAGCUAAAAACGAGCUCAUCCAUUGGUCAACGUGAAAACAGAAAGAAAGAAAGAAAGAAAAGGGGCGAAUAAUGAUUGACCAAUAGGAGUUAAAACGAACUCAUCCGUUGGUCAAUAUAGAGAAAAAGAGAAAAAGGCGAGUGACGAUUUGUUGGAAAGGGGAGAAAAUCGAAAAGAGUAUUGCGAAUAAAAAAGGACGUUUCUUUUUUUAUUCUUCUUCUUUUUUUCUUUUCGUUAACACGCAAAGGGAUGAACCGAGAAAAGGAAUGUCAUCGUUAUUCUUACCUGUCGAAACAAUUCACCCUUGUUCCCUUUUUUCCUUUCGUUUUUUAAUUCUCAAUUCUUUUAAAACCAUUUUUAAAAAGAAAGAUAACGAACAACGUCGAAAGCAAACUCUUUGACGAUUUUCUACCGAAGUUUACGCGUUUGAACACUCUCCGCGGCCGUAGUUUAUUCCAUUAAGGAAAUUAAUUAAAAGAGAGAGAGAGAGAGAGAGAGAGAGAGAGAGAAAGAGAGAAAGAAAGAGAUAGAGAGCUUGCUAGAUAGAGAAAGAGAGAAGCACGAGUAUGCGUGAUGAUAGUUAAAGUGCGUAUCAUGGAAAAGCUCGAAAGGGAAUUAGAUUCGUUCGUCGCUUUCUCGUUCUCCUCCUCAUUCUCCUCUUACUCCAAAAGUCAUUUAAUAUUUUCUCACAAAAAUCGUCGCUAACAUAUCCCCAAAUGAAAUUCCAAAAAUUCCUUAACAUUCCCAUCCUUAAUACUUAACUUUCAACGCGCAAUCGACUUUUUCAAAAACUACAUGCAAAUCGCGUCGGCUUUUCUUACCACAUGUAUAUAUAUGUGUGUGAAUGUUUAUGUGUGUGUGUAUAUAUAUAUAUAUAUACAUAUAUAUAUAUAUAUAUAUACACAUGUACAUACAUACGUACAUACAUACGAUCAUAUGCGAUUUCCAUUUUUAAUCGAAUACGCGGUAAUUAUCGCGAUUAUCAUUGUCUCUCUUUGACGAUUAAAAAAAAAAGUAUUAUUUUGAUCGUCGCUUCUCUUUCCUCUGUCCCAUCCCUCCGCUCGAUUACUACAGAUUAUAUAUACAAAUAUUCGUAUUAUGAUGAGAGCGGAAGAGUUCGUGAAUUCUGUAUAUCGCGAGAGAAAUACACGUAUGGCACGUAAAGACGCACAUGAGGAUCGAGAAAUAUAAACAGAGAGAAAAAAGAGAGAGAGAGAGAGAGAGAGAGAGAGAGAGAAUACGCGUUUGUGUGUAUGUGUAUGCGUGUACGUGUACGUUACGUAGUCUGUCUGUAUAUCUGUCUGAAUAAAAAUUCAUCGAGAGAACAACAGAAACUGUGCGUAAGUGAGUAUGAUGAGAAAAAGAGAGAGAAAGCUAGAGAAUGUGUGUGUGUGUGUGUGCGUGCAUGCGUGUGUGUGUGUGUGCACGUAUGCAAGAGAGAAAGAGAGAAAGAAAUAAAGAAUGAUCGAGCGAGAUAAAAAAACAUUAGUCCUGUUUCUGAGUGCUGAGAAUGUUCAUUUGUAAUUGUUUAAAAAACUAAUGAAAAAUGUACUGUAAAACUAUAAGUACUAUAGGCACUAAAAAUAUAUUAUUUGUUGACAUGAAAAAAAAAAUAAAGAAAAAAACCAU